UUGUAUGGGAACUAGCCAUGGCAGGCAGAAUAUUAUUAUCCAUUCCAUACUAGUGUUUCAAAGUUGAAGAUGAAGGUGUUUAGUGUUCUACUUUGUGUCGUGGUGGCGGUGGCAGUGCUACUGUCUGAAGCACCACUCGCGGCGGAGGCGGUGACAUGCAAUUACACGGAAUUGAGCCCAUGCCUAGCAGCCAUCGUGUCCCCGGUAAAGCCGUCUGCUACCUGUUGCCAGAAGCUGAGGGAACAGAAGCCAUGCCUUUGCGGGUACUCCAAAAAUCCAAACCUCAAGCAGUAUGUUAACUCUCCUGGUGCCAAAAGGGUUGCUAGCAGUUGCGGGGUUCCCCUCCCCAAGUGUUAGCUUAAAAAGUAAAUGGGCUAUGGAGCGAAUCAUGUGGUAAAAGAAUUAUUAUAUGUAAUGAAUAAUUCCGUACAAUAAAGUUAUAUUGUGGACA